UCUGUCUGGUGUCUGGUUUAUUUAGCUAGGCUACCUUGUAGUUGUAAUGUGUUUCUGAUAAGUUACAAUCAAUUGUUUAUAAAUUAAUAACUAGUUAUUCAUACACUUGAGUGAUUAAUUUUCAAUUUUAAACAACACAAUACAGUAAAUAGGUUAGUACAACAGGCGUUUUAUGAACUUAACCUGGUUGUCAAUGCUGUAGUUCGAUGACAGAAGAACAAUCACAGUUAAAACUGUCAUUUAAACCUGAAGACCGAACAACCUCUAUUGUUUCUCUAUCUUCUUCUGGUGUAUCAGAAGCUGAACAAAGUAUUUUGCCAGACGUGGCCUUUGCGCCAGGAUCAAGUAACAGUGGCACAAUUGAUUCUCCAAGGACUAAUCGUGAAAACCAGCCCCUUCUGGGGAGGUCGGAUAGUGAAUCAUGUAACAACUUUCCUGAUGAUCCAGCCUUUACGGAACAUCUUCGACAGGCAGAGAUAGCAAUAGACAAUGGAAUAUUGCCUGAGAGAAUAUACCAAGGGUCAAGUGGUAGUUACUUCGUAAAAAAUCCUUCAGGGAAGAUAAUUGGAGUGUUCAAACCCAAAGAUGAAGAGCCGUAUGGGAGGUUCAACCCCAAGUGGACCAAGUGGAUGCACAAGCUUUGUUGUCCUUGUUGCUUCGGACGAGCUUGUCUCAUCCCUAACCAGGGCUACUUGUCAGAGGCCGGGGCCAGCCUCGUGGACCACAAGCUAGGACUUGAUAUCGUCCCCAAGACCAGGGUUGUGAAGCUAGUCAGUCCUACAUUCAACUAUCCAAGAAUAGCUCGGGGUAAAUCACACGUGAAACAUGCAAUCAAUGAACACUUCCCUAACGUUGGUCGCCACUUCCAUCGGCUAGGUUUGAAACCAAAGAUCGGGUCUUACCAGUUGUUUGUGGAGGGCUACAAAGACGCAGAAUACUGGCUGAGGCAGAUGGAACUUGAGCCUCUGUCCCCUUACCUGCAGGAGCAGUUCAGACUACAGUUUGAGCGCUUGGUCAUCCUGGACUACAUCAUCCGCAACACAGACCGAGGGAACGACAACUGGCUCAUCAAGUACACACUACCCAACAUAUCCACAUCCCCAGUGCCUCCUCCACCCUACACUGGGGACACAGAAAUGCAGGACGCCACUGAUUGGAAUGUAGUGGAGAGACCUGAAGUAAAGAUUGCUGCAAUAGACAACGGACUUGCAUUCCCCUUCAAACAUCCAGACUCUUGGAGAGCUUACCCUUACCAUUGGGCAUGGCUGCCUCAAGCCAAAGUCCCGUUCUCACAAGAGACCAAGGAUUUGGUGCUGCCUCAUCUGUCAGACAUGAACUUUGUACAAGACAUGUGUGAUGAUCUCCACCAGCUCUUCAAGCAAGACAAGGGGUUUGAUCGUCAUCUCUUUGAGAAACAAAUGAGUGUGAUGCGAGGCCAGAUACUGAACUUAACCCAAGCACUCAAAGACAACAAAAGUCCUGUGCAGCUUGUACAGAUGCCUGCGGUUGUGGUUGAGAGGUCUAAGGGGAGAGUUGGGACUACAUCAAGAUUCAGAUCAUUCAGUGACACUUUCACUCAACGCUUCCAGAACAAGAGUCCUUUCUUCUCAUGGUGCUGAUGUUCCGGGGCAACAUUAAUGUGCCUUUACUGUUUGGUGGCUUCUGAAGUGAACACUAUCAUAAUCCAUGUGAUACAUUACCUUUAAUAAAACCAUUAUAUUAUAUACAUACCAUAUUUACCAUAGCUUUUCAUAAAUGUUCCUCUAUGCUAUUCUUAAAAUGUUUUUAUUACCGGUAUCAUUUUAGCCUUAAUCUUACAUUAUUAGGCUUCAACUUGUAUAACAAAUAUCGUUAGCCCAAUAUCUUUAUCAGUUGUUCUAGGAAAGCAAUCCGUAUUAACACGUUUUCAGUUUUGUAGCAUUCAUAAUUUAAUUUUUAUAAUUUCUCACGUAGAAGUAUGCAAUGAAAGAAAUUACGUCACUGCUUUUCAUAACUAUUGUUAUUGUAUAAUUUUGUAAUUUUGCGUAUUAGUUUGUGUUAGGUAAUAUAUUUCAAUGCUUGUUAUUUAUUUUAAUUCAGUUGUAAUGUGCUAGGAUAGCAGGAACUCAGGCUGGUUUCAUUUAGUUUAUAUAAUUAUCAGCAAAAUUUGAUACAGUACUCAGUAUAUAGUUUCAGUGUACUUUCUUUAGAAUUCACAAUGAAAUUUAUCAUUAUUUUCUCUCACUAUCAGCAAUACCCAACUUAUCAUCAGAAAUGUAUUCUCUACUCAAACAGAGAUAUAGUAUCAUAUUAAUUGUGUACUUUAAAACUUUUUGUAUAUUGUCAGAAAGUUUUGAAUAAUUUGUAUAUGUUAUAUUUUGUUAAGAGGUCUUAAAGUUUAACAUCCAAUAACAUUAUAAUUGUUAUUAAUGUUAUUUAAUAAGCAAGUGUUAGUAUAAUAUAUAGGCCCCUGUUUUAAUUUUUUAAUCAGUCUAAUAUAUAAUUAAGAUUACUGGAUUCAACCAAAAACGUUUUCUCAAGAUAAAUUAAGUAAUUUCCUGCAAUUUUAAAAUCUAUCAAGCAGGUUCUAUUAUUAUUAAGGCCUUUUCACACCGGCGUACUGGACGUACUGUACGUUUGGUACGUUUUUUUUUCAACAAAUCGCUGUCCAUGUUAUCAUAUGGGCUCGUUCACACCGCGCGUACAGAACGUACUGUACGUACAGUACGUACGCGAUGGUUUUGUGAGAAUCGCUCGGAGAGCGAUUUUUCUAAAUCGUACGAGGCGUACGCGAGCUCGCGCAUGCGCAGUGGUCACACCAAAACCACGUGCUCAGCCAGUGUUACUUGUCUGACUGCAAACGAACAAGUGUACGUUUUGGAAGUUUCUGUGCGGUGUGAAAGGACCGCGUACUGUACGAACUGGCCGUACCAAACGUACAGUACGUCCAGUACGCCGGUGUGAAAAGGCCUUUAAAAGCGGUAAACCAAGUUUUAUUUAUACUUUUUAUUGAAAUAUUUCAAAUUAAUGGUUUAUUAAUAUAUUUCUUAAAUUUACAUUCUAUUUUGGGAAAACACAAAAUCUUGUCAAUUUAAACUACAUAGGCAAUUAAUUUAUUCCUUAUUUAUCUAUACAUAUUUUGAUUUUCUUCGUUUUGAAAUGUGUGUUGUAUUCAUGAAAAAAACUUCUCUCAAUGUAUAAUAUUUUGUUGUGAUAUCUGAUGUAUAAUGAUUCUACAAAUGAAUGUUCACCACCUUGUUUCUGGACAAAGCUGUUAACUAAUUUUCCAUAGAGUUAGGCAUUAUACAAGGUUUAUUUUUUACCUUUACUAAAAGUUGAUAUUCACUGUUGUUAAUGUUUGCUGUAUCUGUUUUUGCAUUUGCUAGUCUUCAUCUGUGAUAUGGUCAAGCAGUUUAAGUGGUUGUGACUGCUAUUCUAGGCAUGUACAUGUAAAUCAUGCCAGUAAUUCAAACAGUUGUGUAAAACAGAUGUAAAUAAAAUUUUAAAAUUAUAUUUUAUAA